CUUUUCCUUCCUCCCUAUCGCGCUGUGUAUGUACACGUUUUUGUCAAUUUCGUCUUUCAUUUUAAUUCACUUGUAAGAAUCGCUUUGUCUGGGAAAUUACUUUGGGGAUUUUGAAUUUGCUAUGCGACACAGAAUUGGAUGGGUAUUCUGAUGGAUCUUUAAGCGAAUCAUUUUUUUAUUGAAUGAUUUUGGAAGAGAAUUGCUCAAGGGGAACCGUUGUUCAUUCGUUUCCAUUGUUAAUGUGGGUUUAAUUUGGUGUUGUCAAAUGAUACUUUGAGAUAGUGGGUUGAUAAUUCUCUUGCUAUUAGGAAAUGCUACUGAGUUGUAUUUCAUUUCCACUUUCAACUAGUGUCAGGACAUGGUUAGUGCGUUUUCUUCAACAGCGAGAUAAAUAAGAAGCGAACUUUUCCCUCUGUCUUUAUUAUUAAUUUUUUUGGAUAAUUGACCAGGGUGACGAUUGAGGUUUUCUAUUUUUCUUCCUUCCUUUGUUUGGCUAUCAUUACACAUAUCUUUUAGUUAUUUUCUGUGAUCAUAUGGUUUCUCGUGCAAGAAUAUUGAUUUUGAUGACUGCUCAAUGAAUUUUAACUGCUCCUAGUUCCCCUGGUGUGUUGAGAUGCGCUGCUUAACAACAAGCCUAUCGUUUUCAAUUACGUAGGUCUUAAAUAAAAAUCUUUGUUAUAACCUGUUUGAAUGGUCAUUUAACUUUUAUUGUUUUGAUCAGUUCCUGAUUUCCUAAAUGGAAAUUUUUAGUAUAACAUAGGAUGAAACGUAGUUGUCCAAGUUGCAAGCAUUUGUGUGCAAGGGAUGUGAGUGCUGAAAUAGGGUUAGCUGUUUUCUGUUAUAACUGCCAAAAAGUCGAACCAAACCAUUGAAAUUUGUUUUUUCGGCUUUAUCAGUCUGGUUCAGUUAAAACCUAAAUUUUAUUUAAUCUGGUUUUGUGCUGUCACUCUCAUCUGUGCCAUCUCCCAUCUGGCUGUCCCAAUCCCAUGAUUUCCUUUCACACCCACCCAGCAUAGCAGCCACAAGUCUUAUCCCUUCUUUAGAGUUCAGGAGGCUGAUGAUAUGAUCCAGCUUCUUAGUGAGAUCAAACAUCACAGACAAUGCAGUUUCGUCUCGAUCUGGUUGAGGCCGGUGCUGGUGGUGACCACAAUGCACACCUCUGUCAGAAACUGCUGGAUGUCAGAGGUGGCUGUAGCACUUCUGGAAGAAAAGGAUGGGUUCAUCUGGGUUCAUGGGUUUGUUCAUCUGGGAAUUUAUUACUUUCAAAGUGAUGUCUCCAGCAUCAAAGUCCAAGUCCAAAAGGGCUAGCAAGGAACACCAGAAGACUUCAUCUAAACCUUCAGGGUCUGCUAAUGCGAGUACCGGUAUACCAGCUAAUGCAUACAAUCCACUUUCUGGAACAUUUCAUGCAUUGGAAACAGUACCAACAUCCUCUUCUUCACCUCGGAAUGGUAAUGGUCGAUACCGGAACAUAGAUGAGCCAGAUGAUCACCUUGGUAGUUCACUUGGAAUUGGGAUUGAGUAUGAUUCUGUUUCAAAUAAUGGAAGCUGGUCAGGUGAGUCAGAAGAUCAUAAAGAGAAAAAUAUUCCUGUUCGGCAGGAAACAAUCCCAGGGGCUGACAAUGAUAAGAGGGAAAAAACCCGUCAAAAGAAUGAGAGGAAGCAUCAGCGUCAAAAGGAGAGGCGAGCCCAGGAAUUGCAUGAGCGGUGUAGUGGCUAUCUCAUGUCAAGAAAGCUAGAAGCACUUGCUCAACAGCUUGUUGCGAUGGGGUUUUCACGUGAGCAGGCUACAAUGGCCCUAAUAUUAAAUGAAGGUAAAGUAGAAGAAUCUGUGUCAUGGCUCUUUGAAGGGGGUGAGGAUGCAGAUAAGCUUCAGGAUCAUCAGCUUUGUGGCAGUAAUUUGAAAAUUGACAUAUCAGAAGAGCUUGCUCGAAUGGCUGAUAUGGAAAUAAAAUACAAGUGCAACAAGCAGGAGGUUGAAAGAGCUGUGGUUGCCGCUGAAGGUGAUCUUGAAAAGGCAGCAGAAAGUUUAAGAGAACUCAAGCUAGAUCCACCUGCUGCUCCCCUAAAGCCUGAAGAAACUGGUGAUCCUCCAACAGCUAGUAAUGGUAAAGUUUCAGGUGCAGUUAGCCAGAAUGUGAUGAGAGAACAACAACAACAGAAACCCAAUCCACCUUCAAUGAUACAACAAAGAAGAGAUGACCGGGAUUUUAAUUACACAAAGACUGCUGUCCCAGUUGCAGGAUCUUCAGAACCUGGGAAUAAAAUUUUGCAGCCUUUGAAGAGAAUACAAGCAAAGGUGGAGUGGGCAAAACCUCAGCAAACUGCAGUGUCUGGUGAGAAAAGAUGGCCAAGUGCAGGAUCAAGUCCCUCUGUUUCUUAUUCUUUGGCAUCACCUCUGCAAGUCUCAACUCCACCAUCCAAGAGAGAAGCACGUUUUGUAGCUGUUGGAAGUGAAUACAAGAAUCAUCACCCUGCAACAGUUAAAGAACCGGUUAUCAUGAUGCAAAGACCUCAAUCUGUGAAUACAAAACAGGUUCCAGCUACAAGCAUAAGCUCUUCUCCUGGAACAACUGCCAGUUGGUAUCCUACUAAUAGUGUUGAUAUCAUGAAGUCUAAUGGCUUGCUGCCUCACAUUCCCACCACUAGAAGUCUCAGUCCGAACGAUCUGAAUUCAAAUCAGAUGUUCCAUCAACUUCAUUUUCAGCAACAGCAACACUUCAUUCCAGGCAGUAGCCCAGGGGAGUCUCUUGGAAUCAGCAGAGGAAAUGGCUUAUGGAGUAAAACAGGUGCAUCACCUACAAUUGCCGCCGCAUCUUCUCUUGGACUCUUCUCUGGGUUGGGUGGCUCAGCUGGUUCAUCAGGUGCCUCUUCUCCAGUUGACUGGAGCACUGCUGGCUCUAUGGCUCAGUUAGAUUACUCCAGCAUAGACUGGAGUUUGGAUCGAGGAUUGUCCUCUCCAAGGUCUGGUGGAAUGUGGAUCGGCCCAGGUCCUUUAAGAAAUGGCACCCAAAUAUAUGAUUCAAGUAAUAAGCUGGCAAUGAGAACAGCUGCAAGUGGGAAUGGUGUACGCAUUCCAGGGUUGCAGGACGUUGGAGUGGCCAUUGCAGAAACAUCCUCGGCUAAUUCACAUGAAUGGACAUCUCCAUUUGAAGGGAAAGAUCUCUUUACUUUACCCAGACAGUUUGUUUCAUCUCCUUCACUGUAGGGUGGAGGGGCAUGGUUUCAAUGAAUAAAAUAAGAAAAAAAAAAAAAGAACUGGAAAAUAUGUUGAAUUUGAUGUUGUUGUUGGUUCUUAUCA